CAGCCAUGACAGCGAGCUGGCUCCAUGGCUGCUCCACUGGAAUUCCAUUUCAGCUCACAGUUUUUGUUAUGACAGCAGUUGCUUUCACUUCAACAAUGACUCAAAAUACAUCUGAGAUCAUGUGUGGAUUUAUCAGCCAGAAGGAUGAAGAAGGUUCAGGAGCACCAGGGACAUCAGUAUCUCCUAAGGUUUCUGCUGUUUUGGAAGAUCUUGGGUGUUACUUGAAUUCCCAAGGAACAGAGAACAUCUACCAAACAAUUAAAAAUGUGGAAGUCAAUUUAUUUGAAGAUAUUGAAUUAAGAAUAACAAUGAGCAUUUCAAAUAUCAUUUCAUGCUUUUGGGUCUUUAAAAAGAGCAAAGCCUGUAAACUUUCUUUCGACUCAGAGAAUAGAUACAUUAUAUCUUUGGCUUUUUCCCAAAUAAGAGAAGGACAAGCUGGAAAAUACACCCUCUUGGUCACGAGUGAAACUGGCAAUUACACAGUAGUUGUGCCUGUUCUCAUCCGAAAAAAACCAGCCAAACCCUAUUUCAGGAAAAGGGAAAAAUCAGAUUCUAUCAAGUGCAUAUCUGAGAGCUACCCCCAGGCCUCUGUGGAAUGGAUAUUCUGCAAAACACCUGAAAAGAGUUGCCCUUAUAAAAGGCAUGAAGAAACUGGAGAAAUAGAUGGCACACAGAUGGUGCAACAUGAAUUAUUUCAAACUUACAUAUGGUGCUGUGCAGUUAAUGUCCUGGGCAGAGAAUGCACCAGCCUCUUUACAAUAGAUUUAAAUGAAAGACAAGCAGCACCUUUACCUGAACUACUACUUAAGGUCGGGGAACCAUUGCUGAUCAGAUGCAGAGCUGUUCACCAUAAUUAUAAAUUCAGAAUACAAUUAUCUUUUGAAAACAGAGAAGUUGAGCAGGGUCGCUACUUUGAAGGAUUAGAAUAUGAAGCAAACUUCUCAGCAAUUCGGAUCCAGCAUGUGUUUGCUUCAGCAGCAGCAAGAAAUGACAGUGGACAUUACACCUGUUCUUCUACUGCUCAUCUGAAUCAAACUGCCUUGAUCACAGUUUUAGAAAAGGGCUUUAUCAAUAUAACUGACUCUAAAGAAGAUUUUGAAAUUGGUGAGGAAGAAUUUUGCUUUGAAGUUAACUUUACAGCAUAUCCUCCAGUUAGAUGCAUGUGGCUAUUUUCCAAAAAAACAUUUCCAUGUGUACAAAGUUACAGUGUGGAUGGACGCAGCAUUUCAUCAAAGUUCUGCAACCAUCAGCACCAGUCUGGGAUAUAUGUAUUUUAUGCUGAAAAUGAUGAUACAGCUGUAACAAAAAAAUUCACUCUGUAUGUGAGAAGGAAGCCUGAAAUAAGGAUGCAGCUGUUGUUCAAGCAGAUCUCCUGUGUUGCUGAAGGUUACCCUGCCUCAUCCUGGGUUUGGAGGAACUGUCUUGAACUGAACUCAUCCAACUGCACAGAGGAAAUCACAGAGGGGAUUCAGAACUUCUUGCCAGAGAGGAGAUCCCUGGGGUCGUGGAUUUCAAGCAGUACUUUAUAUGUAAAGGAGACAGCAGCAACCUUCUCGGUGGAGUGCUGUGCAAACAAUUCUGCUGGCUCAGCCUGCGAAAAGAGUUUCAUUAACCUGUCAGUUGCAGGAGCUGUUUCUUCCCCCCUGGACAAUACUGCAUUCUAUGUCUCCAUUGGAUUUUUCCUCCUCUUGCUCACUUUUGUGGUUACAUCCAUUUUUCUUAAAUACAAAAAGCAAUUCAAAUAUGAAAGCCAGUGGCGAAUGAUACAGAUGAUAGGGCCAUCAGAUAAUGAAUACAUCUACAUCGACUUCAGAGAAUUUGAAUAUGAUAUAAAAUGGGAAUUUCCCAGGGAAAAUCUGGAAUUUGGACAGGUCCUCGGUUGUGGGGCCUUUGGGAAAGUAGUGAAUGCAACAGCUUAUGGAAUUAACAGUGCAGGAGAUUCAGUCCAGGUUGCAGUCAAAAUGCUAAAAGAAAAACCUGAUGAUUCAGAAAAAGAUGCUCUAAUGUCUGAGCUGAAAAUGAUGACUCACAUUGGAAGCCAUGAAAAUAUUGUGAACCUACUAGGAGCUUGUACUCUGUCAGGACCGAUCUACUUGAUAUUUGAAUACUGUUGCUAUGGUGACCUUCUGAACUACUUAAGGAACAAGAGAGAAAAGUUUCACUGGACACUGACAGAUAUUUUUAAACAGCAAAACUUCAGCUUUUACCACAAUAUCCAUCAGGACCAAAAUUCUAGGAUGGGGACUUACCUGAAGUACAGUGGGAACACAACUCCGUGCAGAGAGGAUGAAUUUGAAACCAUGCAAAGUCAAAACAUAAAUGUGACACUGGGAUCAAAUGGGAUUGUGCUGUUUUCUGAGGAAGAUAAAAUUAAGAAUGCAAGCACGCAGGUGGAUGAAGAAGAGGAUUUUAAUGUGCUCACUUUUGAAGACCUUCUUUGCUUCUCUUAUCAAGUUGCCAAAGGAAUGGAAUUUCUUGAGUCCAAAUCGUGCAUCCACAGAGACCUCGCUGCCCGGAACAUACUGGUGACCCAUGGGAAAGUGGUGAAAAUAUGUGACUUUGGCCUUGCCAGAGAUGUAAUGAACGACUCCAACUACAUUGUCAGGGGCAAUGCUCGAUUGCCAGUUAAAUGGAUGGCUCCCGAGAGCUUAUUCGAGAGGACAUACACCAUGAAGAGUGAUGUCUGGUCCUAUGGAAUACUGCUGUGGGAAAUAUUCUCUUUGGGUGUAAAUCCUUACCCUGGUAUUCAGGUUGACACAAAUUUCUACAAACUAAUACAAAGUGGAUUUAAAAUGGACCAACCAUAUUAUGCUACAAAAGAUGUCUAUUGCAUGAUGCAGUCCUGUUGGGCUCUUGAUUCCAGGAAAAGACCCACUUUUUCUUACCUGGUUUCCUCUCUGGCCUCUCAGCUGGCUGAGGCAGAAGGAGCAGUUUACCAUAACAUGAAGAAAAAUUUUGCCACACAUCAUUCCAGUAUCAAAACUAAGCCUCAUGUAAGCAGGGAUGAGGAAUCUUUGCUGUCACCAGUUGUGCUCCAGCAUGAAAACCCUCAGGUUGAAAUAUAAACUGGGUUGUGGAUUUUGUCUCAGUAUUGUCAUAAACUCUGUGUAGGGUAUGUGUUUUAUAUCAGCUCUAAGAAAAGAAAUUGUUAACAACUGCUGCACUGUUUGCAUUUCUUGUGGGCCAGUCCAUAUUAAUGUGAAAAAUAUAUGUGUAAUUAGUUUGUUUGAAUUCAGCAAACACAUCCAUAGCAAGACAGGGGUUUUUCCUGCCUCUCUCCGACUGAAUAUCUCUUUUCCUGGUGUUAUGUAAAUAGUUGCCUAAUCAACGUAUUGAAUUCAUACUGUUCUUGACACAUUGCCAGCAAACACGAGAGAAUC